CAGCUGCUACCAAAGCCGAGGCUGACAAGACUUUUGCUGAUGUGACGGGGCUGGCCAGAGAAGUGGAUGACAUGAUGAAGCAACUGCAGGAUGCAGAAAAAGAGCUGAAGCGGAAGCAGGAUGAUGCUGAGCAGGAUAUGAUGAUGGCAGGCAUGGCCUCACAGGCUGCCCAAGAAGCAGAAGACAAUGCCAGAAAAGCAAAGAACUCUGUGACCAACUUGCUUGCCAUGAUUAACAACCUGCUGGAUCAAUUAGGGCAACUGGAGACGGUGGACUUGAACAAACUGAAUGAGAUUGAGGGUAGCCUGAACAGUGCCAAAGACCAGAUGAAAGAGAACGACCUAGACCAGAAAGUGUCUUUCCUCGAGAGAGAAGCCAGGAAGCAAGAUGACGCGAUACAGGCCUACAACAGGGACAUUGAAGAGAUCCUGAAGGACAUUAGCAACCUGGAAGACAUCAAGAAGACCUUGCCAUCUGGCUGUUUUAACACCCCGUCCAUUGAGAAACCCUAAGGGUGCGCUGGGGGUGGGGGGUAUUCCCCCGGUGAGCGGUGGUUUGGCUAUGGAGUGCCUUAACACACAUUACCUUCUUCAAAUCCCCAGCUCUUUGCUGCUCACAGCCACUGUUUUCUUUUCAAAUCAGGAUAAGAUGAAAGGUUUGGUUUUUUUAUUGUUUUGGGAGGGGGGGGUUCUUUUUUUUUUUUAAGAGAAGCAAAUUAAAUAUCCGUCUUUGGGCAUCAAAGGGUUUUUUUAUAUAAACUGUCUUCCUGAGCACUCCGCCUUUGCCCCUCUCUCAGACACAGUUUCCCUUUGAUUAGCGCAAGGAUGGGAGAUGCUCUGGACUCUUCAUACUGUGGUUCAGAAAUAACCAUGUGAGCUGGAUACGGCAAGGCAAAACUAACCCUACCUUCUCUCCUCUCUUCUCCCCUCAACUGUAAAAUCCUUGGUCCCAGAGCUCUCUGUCCCUAUGAAGGAAGGGGAUGGCUACCAAAGUAUUACUGUAAUGGCCAGUAUAGCUGCACUCAUUCAGAUCCCUCUUCCCAACUUCUAACCCUGUGAAUUUAUAUAUAUAUAUAUUUUUUUUUUUUUAAAAAUUGUUAACUAGUGGCCAAUCAACAGCAUUGGUAGCCUUUGACAAAAUAGCCGAAACCUCUUUCUGAAAUGCUUUCUGUGAUGAUGCAUCGCUCUGAGAGAAACGCGGCCUCCGAGAGGAGCUCUGUGGGAAGAUGGGAUACUGGUGGAGUGGUGGCUCUUGCCAGCCCCACUCCUGGUCAGUGGAGAAGUUUUGGGUCUGGUCUGUGAGCAGCUACCUGCUGGGUAACCCAGGCUGGGGAGCGUGGAAGCCACAAAGCUGCGUUCCCAUCUGUAGGUGUGGCUGUCAAAUGGCCAGAGAAUCUUUGGUUUUUUGGGCAGCGAAUGUCUGGUUGACAGAUGAGUUUGCUCAAGUGGCAGAAGUCUUGCUGAAGGAGGAGAGCUGCCAUCCAGAGGGCUCUGACAGCUGCGCUGGCCUUCAGGCUCAAAGUCUUUGGGUGGGGAAGGAAGGGAGAAUGCAAGUGGAAAGGGAAAGGUCUUUCUCCCUGCCUUUUUCCUGAAAGGAGGACAGUGGCGUUUUUCUAUCUCCUGCCAUUGCUCUCGCCUUUUGCCUGUUCUUAAGCUGGUAGAAAGCGCUGGAGUUUACCAGUGCCCUCCUUUCUUUGUGCCUGCUAUUCCUCCCGCUCAUAGCGAAGUCACCACGAGCACAAGGACUUCAGGCCAGGCUCAGGUGGCAUCUCUGCCUUUCUCACUGCUACUGCCACCUCCCCGGCCAGUGCCUCCCAGCUGCUCACCCUGCUGCUGGGUGGGAGCGGUGGGCAGCCCCUCGCUGCUCCCCCAGCCCUCCUCUGAGACCAGACCAUCCUCUGCGCCUUCCUCCCUGCC